AUGGAUAAUGAAUUAAUUCCACUACUGAUCAUUGCAAUUUUAUCACUUAUUACUUCAUUUGGUAUCAUUCUAAUACAGCUCACUUUGAUAAAUUUGAUUUGGGAAGAUUUCUUACGCCUACGGCUUAUACGACGUCCAUUACAGCAACAAAUUGGAUCAAUACAGAUUGGUUUACUAAUAAUUGGAAGUAUAAUUGUUGCAGUAUCAAAUGUAUGGCUCUAUUUGGAUAAACCAUUAAGAUAUGGGCCAAUAUCCACUUUAGUAGCUCCGAUGACAGCACUUUACACCUGUAGCUAUCUUUUUCCAUUCAUGAAUGGAAAAGGUGCUAUCACUGGCUUAUUUAUUGGUAUUUUCGGUGCAUUAACUCUACUGUACCUGUACUUUCGCAUUACACCUCUUCGAUUUCAUCAUUUCCCAAUGCCAUGCCUUAAUGGAACAUCAAUUUCAUAUUCAUUAAUAUUACCUAAUAACGAAUUUACAUAUACGGAAUUGGAUUUUGUUCCAACAGCAUUACAAACGAUAACUAAUAAUGCACAAAAAUUGCUACCAAUUUUUUCUGAAAUACCAAUUUCAUGGUAUCCAUUAGCUACAUUUAUGACCGCUGCAUUAUCAAUGCUACUUGUAUCAUUGUGUACAAGUAGCAAUAAUACUGAUGAAUUUGAUUGGAAAUUGAUAAUAUGUGGAUCAUAUAUUGGAACAUUUACACAUCGCAGUGAUAAUACAACCAGCAAUGAUAAACAUGUAGCUUUCAUAGAAUGCGAAUCAUUUCGAUAUGCUCAACAAACAACAUAUCCGGAUACAGUAACCACUGCUACACAUAUAAUUAGAUGA